CCUUGCGUCACGAGUUUUCUGCGAGAUCAUUCGAAAUCUUUUAUGAACCUUCUUAUGGCAAACUCUUCCGAAGAUAGAUUAGCCGAUUUAGAUUUGCUCGUACGUAUUUUUCAAGCCGAUAUCGCAACGUAUACGUCGAACAACGCCGAAGAUCUUAACGGAUACGAGAAGAUAUCGUCUAUAAUUAUCGUCAUCGAAAACCUGGAGGAUCUAAAAAGAAGAAACUGUACCAACUAUCUCAAGUUGUGCACUUACGAAUCAUGCAAAUUUAUUGUAAUAAUAGGAUCAAGAAUUUUCGAGGACGAAGAUAACUUUCUCCAAGAAGCCAAUAACAUACAACAGUGGAUGUGGUUGGAACGGAUUAGUAAAAUCAUCAUUUUGGGAAAUAUUGGAGGUACCGUCUUAUUAGCAGGUAGUCGAUCCUUUAAGCCCGACGAAUUGUGUACUCCGUCUGAACCGAUUCUUUUAAGCAAAUGUGAGGGAAACGUUUGGGAAGGCGAAAAUGAGAUCGAAAACCUUCGAUUGAACGGUUGUAAACUUGUUGUUGGUUACCACGAUUAUCCGCCUUACUCUUUCGUGAGUAACGAGACGGGCGGUGGGAAAAUAUUAGGAUUGGAAGGAUUCAUGAUCGAGGAGAUAUUGUCCGGUAUGAAGGGCCGGGCGAUAAGAGAAUUGAUAACAUUGACGGGCAACGAAAGCAUUGACAACGACUUUAAGAUGAUAACGUAUCAAGACGAUCUAAAAAUCGACUUGCUGAUAGGCGGUCGUCUAUGGAACCCUGAUAAAGAUACAGACUUUACGAUCGCUUACGACAUGGUACCAUUGGUCUGGAUAUUGCCGACUAAAUCUAACGUAUCGUUACGUGGUUUGGUCGCACCAUUCGGAAAAUCCGUGUGGCUAGGCAUUUUAGGUGUUCUCUUAUUAGGAAUCAUCGUGAAAUUGUUCUUGAUCAAAAACAUAUCUUUUCUAGACAUUUCAGCCUUAGUCCUUGGUGUUUCAGUGUUUCGUCAACCAGUAGAAACCUCAAGUCGCCUACUGUUCAUUUCUUGGGCCCUCUUUAGCUUCUUCAUAAUUCAAUACUAUCUCGCGUCGUUGUCGGAACAACUCAUUAAUGCGUCGAAUCUUCAAAUAGAGACGAUGAAGGAAUUGCUGUCGUCUGGAUUGGAAUUGGGUGGAACCUCGAGAUACGCGAAUUUGUUCGAUAAUAAAGACGAAGAUGAAGACGACGAUUACGAAGAGAAAGUUCUUAUUCGGGAUAUUCGUGAAAAAUUUCAGAUAUUUUCCUACGAUGAUUAUGUCCGCCAGCUUUCGGAUCUUUUCAAAGGGAAAAAUACAAGUAUAGCACUCGUCGUUAAGCUGAAUGUUUCCGAUCAUCAAUUAUUAAAUUUACCAAAACAACACGUCAGCAUAUUGAAAGAGAAUAUGGGCACUCAUCCGUUAGCCAUCGCUACCUGGAAAGGAUUUCCAUGCUUGAAAAGGAUCAAUAUAAAGAUGCAAGAGCUAAUAGAGAAUGGCAUUACAAAACAUUGGGCUCAGUUAAUCACAAUGAAUGGGAGUUAUUUUCGUUUGGACGACGAGACUGAAUCCGAUAACGUUAUCGACCUCGAAAGCGUAGCUCCUAGUUUUUUAUUAUUAAUUAUCGGUUAUCUCAUUGGAAUUUGCGUUUUUAUUAUCGAGCUAAUAGCUUUUCCAAGCAAAUUUUUAGAAUAACGUGAAACGGGUAUUCAUUACACAUUUGGAAUAUGUUAUUACAUAUAAAGAAUAUUUUCUAUGGUAGUCGUGUAACAAGCAACGCUUCAAUAUUAUAAUAUCUUAUCGUUAGUAUAACAUACGUAUAAAUUCGUGAAUAUAAUUUUGUGAAAAAAUAGUGCUCUUUCAAUGGUUUUGUAAUAACUUUAACAAUUAUUAUAUAUAUAUUUUUUUUUUGUUCAGAACUAAAGACAAAAGAUUUUCUCAAAAGAAUAUCGAAAGAAGAAAAGGACUUCUCUCUGGGAUCGUUAUGAGUGUAAUAUUACUGAGGUUAUAAUAAAGUCAUCUAGGUUUUUUAAAUAUCACGAUCGCGAAAGCAGGAUGCCUUUUUGAAGAGUUUAUUAGAAAACUUUCAUGUAAUUCCAUUAAAACUCUUCUUUGAAAAGAAAGAUAGAGAGAAUUAUUAUUACGUAUAUUUAAGAUUCGCAUACUUACGGUGGAUCGUUGAAAGACUAUGCAACGUCUACUAAUUAUUCAUUAAAAGUGUAUUAAAUAUACAUUAUUAUAUAUGUCAUUUUCAUUCAUAAUCCUUUUGUGCUUUCAAUUUUUUUCUUUCGAAAGUGGUGUCUGAUCAUUAAAAAUAAUAUUGGAAUAUCUUGGCGUGUUAUACCUUUACUGUUACCAAUUCUGAUUAACAUCCAAAUGUGUAUUUUUGCAUUUACGUUAAUAAUCUCCUU